ACUUCCAGUUGCUUUUUUGCUUUGCUUUUAUAAUACGUUUUAAUCUAGCCGAAAUAAAAUCCAGCCCUGUAACGAUUGCCAUGGGGAUUCAAGCGACAAUGGAAUACUAGCCGAUCCAAACAAACCGCCAAUGUCUAAAUAACAGUGAAUCACUGUGAAUUAUAUCUUUUACUCAAAGAAACAUGUGAAAAUUCCAAGUUUACAUUUGUAAUAUAUAAAAUUUUAUUAUUUUGCUCCUACCACCACUUAAUGGUUUUUACUUCUUGAUAAUAAUGGAAGAAAGUAAAGGCGUCUGCAGCAAAGAGGAGGCACAAAAUACCCCUGAAAGUUCUUCUAAAAAAAAAUCCUCAUUCAUGGGUGGACAAGUGCCAAAAUGGUUGGAAGAUAUUACAAGUACAAUUUCUCGCGAAUAUUUUGAAGAUCCGGCAAAUAAAUCGAAGGAACAAAUGCCGUUUGGACUUAACUUUAGCACCUCAAAUAUUCCAAAUAGAAUACCAUACAUGGAAGGAAAAAUUGGAGAUCCGAGAAGCGUAAACAGUUCCACAUCGAAUUCUGCAAAAUAUGGGCGAAGAUCGUCGGUCGCUUUGGAUCUCUAUAAAGAAAAACAGCCGCCAAACCUAACAAUUAUGUCGGACUAUGUGGUGCCAAAAUUGGAAGGAAAUCUCGAAAUAGAAACUGUUUCCAACAUUGACAGACAACUGGAAAAGUCCUGGAAAAGCCUGAGCGAAUUUAAUCAGUCCCAUAAAGGCCGAUUGCCUAUAGAGAAAAAACUAGCGGACAACGAUACACGAAUUUCCAGCAAUCCCGGGUUUACAGCUUCAGGCGAUCUGAUACCGGGUAAGACAUAGCAGCAUGUGCAUGUAAUGUAUAAAUAAAAAACGCUUUAUGUAUAUUUUCCGAUAAAAGAAUAAAUUAAUUUUAACGAUUCAAUGUAGCUUUCUUCGUUGUUAUAUCGCGGUUUUUUUUGAGUGUAGAUAGAAUAGAGUGCACCCGAAAGCCGUAAGUAUGUGGGUUUUGAUCAGAUAAAAUAUAAUUUAAAUAAAAUAACAAAUUUCUAGAUAAUUUAUGGGACAUUCCUGAUUUGCCAUCCUCACCGGAAAGCAGCAUUACUGAAGUGGGAGAAAGGUGUAAAAGUGAAAUGUCUAAUGCGUUGCCUCUGUAUGAAUACGGAAAUAUUAGAAAAGCUGCAGAAAAACACACUGCUAGGGCUCGUUUCAAGCAUCUGCAACCGGAAGAAUCUAUUGUAACGUCGUAUCGAAUUUCCAAGUCCAGAUCUUCUGAAACAGUUUCCAGUGAUAGACUGAAAAGCUCCCAUGAAAAGUCUAGUAGUAUGGAUAUCAGUAACAGUACUAGAGAACCAAGCAGCAAGUUCGACAAACGAAUGUAUGACUACAAAUCGCGAUUAGACGAAGAGUACCAGCUCCGAGAAAUGAUGAUCAAUGAGCUCCUGUUUGAAAAUGAACGGAUUACUAGCUCAGGUUCUAGAACAAAAAGCAAACUGCAACAAUUAAGCCCGAAAGUGCACAAAAGCCAUUCGAAAAGCAAGGACCAAUUUAUCGACAGGAGGACUAGUUAUCCACAAGAUGAAAAUUUUUAUCGUGAUAAAAAGGAUGAUUGGGUUUGUUCAAAUAUUGCCAGGAGAGGUGACAGUUUUAUUAUACCAGAGUUACCUAAAGGACAGGUCUUAACAAUUAAUAUUUUAACUACGUGGGGCGAUAAGUAUUAUGUGGGAUUAAACGGAAUAGAAAUAUUUAACGAGCAUGGUGAAGUUCCAAAUGUUAGACAGAUUUUUGCAGUGCCUUCUGAUGUGAAUAUUUUACCAGAAUGCCAAAAUGACCCUCGAGUGGUAUCAAACUUAUUAGACGGAGUAAAUCGAACAAAAGAUGAUUUGCAUAUCUGGCUGGCGCCCUUUUACCAGGGUAGAAUCCACAUUAUUACAAUUGAAUUUGAAAACAUUGUCACCAUUGCUAUGGUCAGAAUUUGGAACUAUAAUAAAUCCAGGAUUCAUUCAUAUCGAGGUGCCAAGGAUAUCGUUAUGCUUUUGGACGACGAGCUUAUAUUUAAGGGAGAAAUUGCUAAAGCGUGUGGAGGGAUACAAGGAGGAUUGCAGAAUUUUGGAGAUACCAUUUUAUUUACCACGGACGAUAUAAUCUUAGAGAAAAUAUCCCUCAAUGAUUCUUCAUUUUUAAGCAUGACAUAUGAACCGCAUUCGCCCAGUAGAGACGAGCGACCUCCGACUUCAGUUCUAUUAUCUGAGAUUCGUCCUGUGACUGGUUUACCUUCUACUAAAUCAAGUACAGCCAAUACUGAACAACAAUCUCAACUAGAUGGAUCUCCAGAGCAAAUCCUUUUAGGCGCUCGAACCUUGGAUUUGAUAUUAGUGGAAAACUGGGAAAAUCCCUUGGCAACAGGCUUAACUGGAAUUGAGAUUGUUGAAGGUACAGAUAAUAUUUUAAGCUUAAAGUACGGACAGCUGAGCAGCAAUGUGAAAAGCAAAAAUUUGAAAAAUUUGGUAAAUAGGGAAAAUGUUACCACCGAUUCGAAAAAUAUGUGGUGUGUUCCCUUGCAACAGGAUAACGUGGUUAUUUCUAUUGAUUUGUGUGAAUUUAAGUAUCUCUCCGGGCUCAGAGUAUGGAAUUACAAUGAAAAUCUAGAGCUCAGCUAUGCCGGAGUCAAGAUUGUUAAAAUAUUCUUGGAUAACCAAUUAAUUACUAAUCCUUCACUUAAUAGCGACUAUUUCUUACUACGAAGAGCUCCUGGCAACUCAUUCUACGAUUUUGUACAGGAUAUAAGCUUUGUUGAACAAGGCAUAAUUCCAAAAGUGUAUUCUCCAACAAUUGAUUGCGUUUUUGGUUUUGUAAUGGAAAUCGUAAUCUAUUCAACAUGGGGCGAUCAGUACUACUGUGGUUUGAACGGCAUUAAACUGUACGAUGAUAAUGGUGACCUAAUUGUGCUUGAGGAACAAAAUGUUUGCGCUUAUCCGGAAAGUGUAAACGUGCUACCAAAUGUAAGCGACGAUCCGCGAACGCCAGAAAAACUUAUAGAAGAUGACAACGAGAACGACUCGGGUUGCCAUUCUUGGUUGGCACCACGAAUACCGAAGCACCUAAAUAGGGUCUAUAUUGUAAUGGACAUGCCGAUAGCCAUUUCUUAUGUAAAGAUGUGGAAUUAUUCGAAAACUUCCAGUAGGGGAGUGAAAGAUUUUGGGAUCUUAAUUGACGAUUUACUGGUAUAUAACGGCACACUAAACCAAUUUUGCGAAGAAGAGGAUCGAUGCCAGUUGAUAUUUCUAAACGAUGCCGAAUUGCAAAGUGAAGAUGAUGAAAAUUAUGAUUCAAACAGCAAAACGAUAUCAGUGCCGAGCACCACACAAAUGACCAAGAGCUCACCAGACACUGAGGAGGCUGAUCAAAGUUUAAGGCCAAUGACAUGCAUAAGUCCUUGUUUCAAAUAGAACGCGGAUUUACCAUUUACGCCAUACCAAAAUUAAUUCAUAUUUUGAUAAAUUAGCUAUUUUAGUUUAUUAGUUACUGCACUAACAAACUAUUUUUUGCCUUUCGCAAAAACUCACUUUAUUCCGGUCGCAACUUUAAUUAAUUAAUUUUUAGAUUAAUCCGAUAUCCCUUAUUAUUUAAUUUACCCUUCUGGCAUUUAAUCUUUAACCACUGGUCUUUGUUUGACCCAAUAACUCAGUUAUCUAAUUAAAACAAAACAAUAUUGUAUGAUAUAAUAAAUGUAAUAAAAAGUUGUGGCAUGAUAUACAAACAAUAAUAUAUGAUUAAUGUAUAAGCACACGGA